ACAAAAAAGUUGCAAAUAUAUGUCGACGAAUGUUGUCAAUGAAGCCAUCAAGAAUUUGGUAAAGUUAAAGAGCAAAUGCGAAUCCAACGCUACCAUUAUAUCCUUCAAUCUAUCCUACUAGUACUGGCAUCAUCGUUGUUGAAUUCACUCGCAAAACAGUCCAGUUUUUGCAGCACCGAAGAAGAUUUGUUAGAUUCCAAUCCCAUGGCAACUACUCUUGGUGGUUUACAGAAUUCAUCGGCUUCCAACAGCGCCGAUAUCGAUAGUCUUGCUCAUUUUGCUGUCCAAGAGCAUAACAAGAAACAGAAUGCAAUGCUGGAGUUGGCAAGGGUGGUAAAGGUGCAAGAGCAAGUGGUUGCUGGAACCUUGCAUCAUCUUACAUUGGAGGUCGUUGACGCUGGAGAGAAGAAAAUAUACGAGGCUAAGGUGUGGGUAAAGCCGUGGAUGAACUUCAAGGAACUGCAGGAAUUCAAGCAUAUUGGUGAACAAACCACCAGUACACCUUCUGAUCUUGAUUGUGAUGGCUCAGGAUAUCAAUCGGUGCCUGUUCAUGAUCCUGUGGUUCAAGAUGCUGCAAAUCAUGUCCUCAUGACACUGCAACAGAGGUCCAACUCAUUAUACCCUUACGAACUGCAAGAGGUCAUUCAUGCUAAAACAGAGUGUGUGGAAGGAUCUGCAAAAUAUGACAUCCUACUGAAGGUGAAAAGGAGCAGCAAAGAAGAGAAGUUCAAGGCAAAUGUGCACAAGGACAAAGAUGGGAACUUUCAUGUGAACAACAUGGUGCAAGACCACUCCUAAUUCAAAACUUCACUAUGUAAUAAUGCUUUGCAAGUGCAUAUCAUACUUGGAUUGAUGAUCAUGUUUUGUUGCUCACUGAUACCUAAUCGUCUUAUGUAACUGCUUUUCUAGACUUGAUAUAUCCUUAAACGCCGGAUCGUGUCCUCAGGUGGUGUUUGUAGUUUUCCAUGUUUCAACCAUGUGUUGACUUUCCGGUGUACAUGUUUUAUAUGUAAUAAUAAUCCCUGCAUUGUACUUCGA